AUGGCCGGCCCCCAACGGCCUACGUCUGGGCUGCCAACCAGACGGUCAGCACUACGCCAAACCACACGUCGAGUGGGAACGACAGCGACAGAAAGACCUGAGUCUGUGAUGGGAAACGCCAGAACAGUCACCGCGAGUGCGCCACGCGUUCAACGCGCUCCCAGCGAGCAACCCAGCAAUCCCACGAAAAGAAAAGAAAGGGAGUUUGAACACACGAUUGGCGAGGACACCAGUAUCCAUGUUGUGGUCCGAUGCCGAGGACGUAAUGAUCGCGAGGUGAAAGAAAACAGCGGGGUGGUUGUUUCGACAGAGGGUGUGAAGGGUACUUCGGUUGAACUGUCUAUGGGACCUAAUGCGGUGUCAAACAAAACCUACAACUUUGACAAGGUUUUCUCACCAGCUGCAGACCAGGCUAUCGUCUUCGAUGAUGUUGUUGCACCUGUAUUGACGGAAAUGCUUGCUGGUUUCAAUUGCACGAUUUUCGCAUACGGCCAAACAGGCACCGGUAAGACAUAUACAAUGUCUGGAGACAUGACAGACACACUUGGUAUCUUGUCUGAUAAUGCCGGUAUCAUUCCACGCGUGCUUUAUUCAUUGUUCCAGAAGCUCGAAGACACCGAGAGCACAGUGAAGUGUUCAUUCAUUGAACUAUACAACGAAGAAUUGAGAGAUCUAUUGUCUGUGGAGGAAAACCCGAAGCUGAAAAUUUUCGAGAACGAGCCGCGGAAGGGUCACAGUGGAAGCACCAUGGUACAAGGCAUGGAAGAGACGUACAUUGAUUCAGCGACAACUGGAAUCAAGCUUCUCCAGAAGGGCAGCCACAAGCGUCAGGUUGCCGCAACAAAAUGCAACGACCUGAGUUCGAGAAGCCACACCAUCUUCACCAUCACUGUUUAUACUAAGCGAACCACCGAAUCCGGCGAGGAUUACAUUAGUUCUGGGAAAUUGAAUCUUGUGGAUUUGGCUGGCAGCGAAAAUAUUCAGCGCAGUGGAGCUGAAAACAAACGCGCGACAGAAGCUGGGUUGAUCAACAAGAGCUUGCUUACUCUUGGACGAGUUAUCAAUGCCUUGGUUGAUAAGAGCGCACAUAUCCCUUAUAGGGAAUCCAAGCUCACUCGAUUGCUCCAGGACUCUCUCGGGGGCCGGACAAAGACUUGCAUCAUUGCUACCAUUUCUCCGUCUCGAAGCAACCUUGAAGAAACAAUGUCCACUUUGGACUACGCGUUCCGAGCGAAAAAUAUCCGCAACAAGCCGCAGAUUAAUUCUACGAUGGCCAAGAAAACCUUACUCCGCGAGUUCACUGUUGAAAUCGAGAAGCUCAAGAGUGAGCUCAUUGCUACAAGACAUCGCAACGGUGUUUAUAUGACAGCAGAUGCAUAUGAGGAAAUGACAAUGGAGAGUGAAUCUCGCAGAAUCGUGAACGAGGAACAAAGAGCCAAGAUCGAGUCGAUGGAGUCCAGCCUGCGACACAAGGUUCAGGAACUUUUGACAUUGACAAGUAACUUUAACAACUUGAAAAAAGACAACGAGGAUACCCGAGUCGCUUUGAAUAAUACGAACGAUAUCCUUCAACAGACCGAAAUUGUUCUCAAAGAUACUAGAGACAGUCUGGAGGAGGAAGAAAUGCUACGUCAAGCUCACCAGGACACCGAGGCCCAAUUACACGGUAUUGGGACGAACCUUCUGUCCACCCUGAAGAGCACGCUUAGCGAUGUGAACGGGCUGCAUGCGAAAAUUCAACGCAAAACUGACCUUCACGACACCAAUCUUCAGGGUUGGCAAUCUUCAGCCGACAAAGUUACUGAUGUCACGAGCCAUAUUGAAUCCAAGGUGGAGCAAUUCCAGAUUCAACAGGCUAGAUCGCUUCAGGAGCUGGCCACCAAGAUCAACCAACAUGUGAUUUCAGAAUUCCAAAACAUUCAAGUCAAUCGUUCUGAAUUGCAUGAAUUUACCAUGUCAUUUGACAAGGCAGAGGAAGAGACGAAGGAACAAACCAUCCGAGCAAGCCAUGAAAUGAACGACGUUCUGGAGGGGAUUAAAGUUCUACGUGAAGAGGUAAAAUUAAAGGUUGGAGAGGGUUUGAAUGGGUUGUCUGCGGCUGCCGCUCGGAUCUCGAAAGAUGUCAUCGGGGAGCUAGCGGAUUUUCACACGCAGCUUCGAGGAUCAUAUGCAUCUCUUGGGAGUGACCUGAAAACUGUGUUCGAGUCCCUGGCUCAACACAUGUCGGCUCAAAGCAAGGAGAUACUUGAGUUGAGACAGCAGUUGCAGGAGGCCAACCGUCAAACAAUUGAGGCCAACAGACAAGCUUCGAUGAAUUUGACCCAGGCGAUGGAAGAGGAGCAAGCGAAUGUCGAGGCAGAACGUGAUGCAUUGGUCUCGAAGAUAAACGCAUUGGUCGAAGAAUCUAGGCAGAGACAAUAUGGUCGCUUGAAGCGCAAGAUUAACGAUAUUGGAAAGAAUGUUGCAUCUUCGGGCGACGUACUUGAGCGUGCGACAACUCAGUACAGACAGAAAAUUGACCACUGGAUGGAAAGGGAUAAUCUCUUUGCGGCAGAGCUGGAUGCUUCUAGAGGCGAACUGGAAGAAAGAAUGGAUAAUGAUUGGGAGACGUUUGACUCCCGCAAUGUCUCCAUCCAGAAGGCAACUGAAGCGGUGCAUGAAGAAACUGUGCGUAUUGUUGAUGCACAGAUGGAAGAUAUGGCGACUCAAAUGGCAGCGUUGGACGAUUUUGUGGCCGAGGCGCGGUCACAAAACGGGCGGUAUUGUGAGGCACAUAUGAAUCACUUAGACACCAUGGCAGCUACAGUCCGACGGUCAUACUCGACUUUCGACAAUCGGUUCCAAGACUUGAAUGGCCGAGUGGGUCAGAUGAAGGAGGAGGUUCUCUCUCACACCCAUGACGCGCAAAGCUUGAUCGACCCAUUGUCCGACGAGGUACGCCAGCCUUUAUCGAAUCUUCGCGACUACAUCCAAUCUCGACCUUUGCAAGAGUACGUUGUUACCGGUGAAACUCCGCGGAAGACGAACUAUCAGUAUUCUACCUCGUUGCCACGUACCGAACAACAUGACUCUCUGCGCUCCCGCAUGAGGAAUUCCAAACAACUGAAUAAUCUACCUUUCAGUGGUGAAGAUCAACUGUCUCCAGUUGACAAUGCGCCAGUUUCAUUAUCACCAGCCAAGACUUUUGUGUAUAACGAUGUCCGGGGGGAAGCAGGAAAUGUAUCACAUCCUACAGAUAUCACCUCUCCUCUCCGAGAAGUCGACGUGAAUAUCGCCAAACAGCUUGCAUCUGAUGCUGGCUCCACUACCCCGACUCGCAAGUUGUCUAUGGACAAAGAGGUUACGUCCGAAAAGGACGAUGUUGACCAGCGCCCUGCCAAGCGCCAUUGUCCCAGUACUGCGACAGCGGAUUCGAAACUCCCUCAGAAAGCCGUUACCCGGAGGAUGGCUAGUAUGCUAGAGGGCAGAGAGAACGUGCCACUAUCGACACCAUCAGGGGGACGGAGACUCAGGAAUCGCCAGUCUGAUUGA